ACCUCUUGCACAUGUUCUGCUGUUUUCAAUAUCAGUGCACACGCUUAACAUAGGUUCAUCAAAAGGAUUUCACACACGAGGACAAAUCUAUUGUGUUUAGAUAGAAGUGAUGACAAUAAUCUGUAUGACUUAAGCUGACUUUGAGGGACCGAUUUUGAGAAGGGGACUUCAAGUAUUUGCCUUGCGGACUUCAACUCAUUCUGAAGUGAUAUUGUCAUGUAAAGUUUGUGCCGUUAAUGGAUAUCUCAGGAUGACACCUGAUGGACUAAAGGCCUUACACUGUUGUCUCCUCGUUAUAGGGGUGAUUCCAACCGUUACUACCGACCUCGGCUAUAUAGGAAACCGAGUUACUAAUUCUUCAACAUUUGCGUGGAUGUUCACACCCUGUGGUCAGAAUGGCGCACAAGGUCCGACACAAGUCCAAUGUAACUCUGCCUACCGGCACAAGAAAAUCAGUGUGCGUGUGACCGGUGAUACAUCACCAACGGAUAAGAUUAAGUUGCCACGAGGCACCCAAGUAUGGACGAUUCCCUCAACUGGAACCUAUGGCGUUACUGCUAUUGGUGCAUCUGGCGGAUAUGGAGUAAAGAACAACGACCGAAGUAACACCGGCGGCUUCGAUAUGUCAUUCGGCUCCUCUGUUUACGCCAAGUUCCAUUUCCAGAAAGGAGAGGAGGUCUUCAUGGUCAUCGGGCAAAUGGGAGAAAGUGCCUGUGCCAAGCCAAACCACAGGGGGGUGUCUGAGAAGGUCCAGAACAUGUGUGAGCUUGGCAUCUCCGACGCGAACGACGCACACUUCUUCAACAACAGGUCUGGUGGCGGAGGCGGGGGAGGUGGUGGCACCUAUGUCUUCAAGCUUGACGAGACAGGGCGCCCUGUGCCCCUUAUCAUAGCAUCAGGGGGUGGAGGACGCUCGUACCGGGCCAGAAUGAAUCGACACCGACCCAAGGCUGUUGAGAAGCAAGUCAUGAGGCGAUGCCAGACAAUCAGACAAACACGCUACCAGGGUCUCACCGCUAAGACAGACUACCGGGGGCCUGGUGGUGGAGGCGGAUGGAAUGAUACAAGGCCGUUUAAACACACUGGCCAGUCGCUGCUAGAGGGUGCAGAGGGUGGAGAUUCAUGCCGCAGAGCGCUCGAGGGCCUUGGAUGGCGUAUCAGUGGUGGCUUCGGCGGGGGUGGUGGUGCCUGUUCUGCCGGAGGUGGAGGUGGAGGUUAUAUUGGUGGUGAGGUAGCCCAACAUGAUGACUAUGAAAGUGACGGAUGGUUUGGUGUCAACUUCAUUGCUUCGCAGGGGGAGGUUGACACAGAAAUGACCAUGGAUGAGUCUUGUGGUAUAAAUGAUAAAGACGGUGAUGUAACGUUUGAGAGGUUCUGUCAUUGUGAACAGUUCUGUAAACUGAAGAAUGCUGAUAUCGUUUGUGACUGUCGACAGGGUUUCAGCCUUGAUAAGGAUGGUAUCCACUGUAUUCCCACAGCUGUGGUUAUAAAUAAACAAGGGAGCCAGGGGGAACUUGGGGGAACUAGCCCACCGUCAUAUCUUCCAGAACCUGUGGAGAAGUCCAAACCGCCAGUGAGUAGACGGACUGAAACAGCCCCUGAGGACGACCUCUCGACAACCGCCCUCAUCGGGAUUAUCGUAGGAGCGAUAGUUGCGACCAUGUUCGUCACGUUUUUCUUCGUGCUGUUUUUGCGAAAACAGAAACACAAACGCCAGAUGGCCAUGAGGCUGGAGGUGCUGACCGGUUUCACCGCCCCAGCUGAUUCUCAACUUGAACGCUUGCGCCAGACCAACGCCAUAACCGAGCACAACCCCCACUAUGAUGUGUGCGGAGCAAAGUGCUCGCUUGAUGAUCUGAUGCAGACACCGAGAGAAAAUCUGACACUGGUUAGUGCUCUCGGUCAAGGAGCUUUCGGUGAGGUUUACAAGGGCUACCUGGUGAAUCUAACACCUGACAAACCUGGGGAGCUGCCAGUAGCUGUGAAGACGCUGCCUGCGAUGUCAACAGAACAAUCAGAGAUGGACUUCUUGAUGGAGGCAUUGAUUAUGAGUAAAUUUGACCAUCCUUACAUUGUGAAGUUCAUCGGCGUAUGUUUUGAGAAGCAUCCUCGUUACUUGAUUCUGGAGCUUCUGGCCGGCGGUGAUCUCAAGUCAUUCCUGCGAGAUAACAGACCCAAGCCUGAAUUCUAUGGCAACCCCUUUGGCCUCCCGAGCUCUAUAUCUUUAAUAUAUUCUCUACAAUUGUUCCAGCCAUCUCCGCUGAGCAUGAAGGACCUCCUUCAGUGUGCGAUCGAUAUUGCUAAGGGGUGCCACUAUCUGGAGAUGAACCACUUCAUCCAUAGGGAUAUUGCAGCAAGAAAUUGUCUUUUAACAAGUAAGGGUCCAGACAGAGUGGUCAAAAUAGCAGACUUUGGGAUGGCAAGAGAUGUAUAUAGAGCUGACUAUUACAGGAAGGGCGGUAAGGCAAUGCUACCAGUCAAGUGGAUGCCUCCAGAGGCUUUCAUGGACGGGAUAUUCACUUCGAAGACAGAUACGUGGUCGUUUGGUAUCCUUCUUUGGGAAGUGUUCUCGCUCGGUUACAUGCCGUACCCGGGCCGUGGCAAUCAAGAGGUGAUGCAGUUUGUGGCAGCAGGUGGACGACUUGAUCCACCAACCAAUUGUCCAACACCGGUCUAUCGUAUUAUGACCCAGUGUUGGCAUGCAAUGUAUGAAAGGAGACCGAACUUCACAUCAAUACUUGAGAGGCUGGAUUACUGCAUGCAGGAUCCCGACGUCAUAGACGCAAGGUUACCAACAUUCUCGCGGCGACCUUCACUCGAAAACGACUUCACAAUAAUGAGGCCCAAGUUCACAGACCCGGCGCUCUCUAUUGGCUCUGCAAAGAAGUACUCACACAUGGACUCGGACAUCGAGGACUCGACGGAGCACUUACUCCAAGAUGACUUACUCGAGAACAAGAAGCACGCAAAUAUGUUUGCAAGCGCGGAGUCGCUUGACAAGUUACUAACUGACGACAAUGCUAAGGAUGACCAUGAUUCCGAGACGGAGGAUGGUGCGUCCAUGUAUUCAACUGAUAUGUCAACGCCAAACACUCCAGGACCCGUGUUGAAGGCGUCCUCCAAUCAGAGUCGUGAGAGCCUAUCUGAUAAAUUGGAUGACUUAGAUGAGUUAGCGUCGUCCAAUCGGAGCCUGUCCAUUCCAGUCGAGAAUGGUUACGUCGAGAAUGGUUGCUUGCUUAGCAACAGCCCGGCGGUCAUGGAGAAUUCGAACCCUGAGGAAGUGAUCCUGAAUGGUUUUGGUCACCAUAACGAUGAAGAAGACGCCAUCAUUGAUGAGCUUACCAAUGGAAACGACCUUGACAAUGACCCCUUAAUCACACGGCAGCGUCCAGGUCUUAGAAAUCCGGUGGAGAAAAGAAGUUCACUUCCGUUGGAUCGUCCGAUGAACGGAGAUCAUGAUGCAGUGGAGAAAGUUCGACGCACAUCCCAGACAAGUCAGAAUUCUUUGAACAAUCAUGCGAAUAUGGACAGAGUCAACAACUACUAUGUGAAAUCCAUGGAUCGGCCUACAACGCGCCUCCCAAACGGUACGGACCAAAGUGAAUGGAAGACCAAGAACGGCGGUCCGCUUCGGAAUGGGGCACUGUCACGACAGUUCGAAUCUUCGAUUGUAUAGGUAUGACGAGGGUUAUCGUACCCAGUUGUUACAAUGAACUCACUUAACGCAGCACUUAGGCCAGUCCGAGACGGCACAUAUGUAUCGAGCUGGCUCCCUCCGAGGUCUUAUAAUCUCAUUGCAAUUGUACUCAUUCUUGUAUGUAUUGCAUGCUUUUAGUGAAAAGUGAAUUUUUUUCUUAUUUCUUUCAAUCGUCGUUUUGUUGACCUAGUCAAUGUUUGCAUUUGAUGGGUGCCUUUUUUAUAGGUUGUGACGCAUAAAUAGUUGGACGAGUUCACGCUGAUUCUGGCCGAUGUGGAACUUGAAUUUGGGUUUUCAUGACAGUGAUCUUAUCUUUUUGGAAUUGCGGCUUAAAAUUGUGAAGUUUAUUGGACACUUAGAUGGAAGAAGAUGAGAUGCUAGCUUUCUGCUGCAUCAACGAGAAGCUACAAUGAUAGCCAUUGCCUACACCUGGCCUUUGAAGAACAUUAGAAAAGGUUUUGUCUGACUUGGACAUUGCUGUAUUUGUUACGGAUUCAAGCAGUUAGGAGCAUAAGGACAGGAUCAAGUAUUACACGUUGAAAGUACAGUAAGAUUCACUCUUUCGGUCGCCUCCAAAUUGUUUAUUGUUCAAAGGUGUUUAUCAUUGCCAUGGCAACACAAAUUUUCAUAUUGAGCUUGUGAAAGAUAUUUGCUGCGACGAGUCACAGUUCUGGUUUCAGCCGUUCAAUACAGUCAUACUUAUAUAUGGUACCAUGCCGGUUACUUUACUGGGUCUGAUAGUAACGAGUCUUCAUAGGGACUUCAUUGAGAAAAAAGGAUAAGUUAAGGCCAGUAUACGUUAUAUUAAAAAGAUAAAUGAAUCAAUAUGCUUUCUAGGAAAGCCAGCGUUUAUGCCUAACUGGGUGGGUGGGUAAAAAUGAAUGAAAUGAGGAAUUUCAGGUUUUGUUUGAAAUGAUUCAAAACAUUGAUUUGCACUUAUAAUGGGUGUAAACGAUACUGGGUUGAGUUGAUAAGCUUUGUCAUGACAUUUACAUUUUAUUUUUCUAUGUUUUUCUCAAAAUUUAUUGUCAAAUCGUUAAUUGUGAAAUAUUACUAAUGAGCAAUUCAAAAUGAUCAUGAGAGAGUUACACAUUUUGAGGUGAAAAGAAUAAAACUAGGAUUGAGUAUCGACACGAUGAAAUGCAGACCAUUGGGUGAGCUUUAAAUAGGAGAUAUGAACUGUAAGGUGUUUAUAACCACUUUCGCCAGAAUCUCACAUGCAGUGUUAAAGUUGGGGCUUAUAGUCCGAUGUCAACGACAGUAGAGGUGUCAUCCGACUUCAGACUGAACAGUACGUGUCAUUUAUACACUUGACUGAAAGUUAGAGACCUGCCUAAAGUCGGACAGUAAUGGUCGAGUUCGAACCAGGGACGUCUUGAGUGCUAGUUGAUGGUCUGAGCCACUGGUCUAUAGGGCUCGCUACUGGAAUCAGUACGUACUGUAUGGAGGUUAUGGCGAAGGAGGGGGAAAUGAAGUAUUAGGAUUUGUGAUGGACGUCAAAUGUUUUGGCAUGGGAAAACUUAUACUGCUGUUCUACUUAAAAUAAAUAAGGGGUUAUCAAUUUCAAUUUAAUCAUCUACCUUGUUCACUAUGUAUUUUUAACACAAAAUAUAACUUUACUGCUCCUGUACAUAACUACAUAGUGUACAGUUAAGAUGUGUUGCAGACAAAAUAAGAAACUUCCCUGUAUCAACUUGUAAAGCAUGCAGACUUCAAGUCUUCUGUUAGUUAACUUGGCUAGUUGAGAAAAUUGAAAAUGGUAUAAUGAGUCAUUAAUUCAUCACACUUUACCUUCACCCGUGCUUAUAAUCUCGUAAAAACAUUUUCUUCAAAACCCUUCAAAGUUCAAUUUUCACUUAAAAUGUCAGAUUUUAUUGCACUAUUGGACAAUAAUUUAGGGGGAAUUCAAAAACCCAAGUUAUGUCUAAGUUUUGAGGCGUGGCCUAGUUUUCGGAUCGUUCUUUAUCUAACUAUGAUAAUGGUUGAAUGUCUUUCAUGGAGUUUGUUGGUGCAUGUUAUAUGGAGAAUUUUUAACUGAAAACUUACAAAAAUUACAAAAAAAAUCAGCAGGGUAAUUCCCCAAAGCACUUCUUAUAAUCAAAAUUGUUGUGUGCAUUUUUUUGUGGUCUAAUGUAUCCUUUUUUCAAUUAAUACAACGGAUUAAAUCCCAACUGAUUCCCCCUGAAAUAUGUGUCUGUAAAAAGUAUAAACACUUAUUUUAUCAAUUAUUACAAUAAAAAAACUGUGCUUCUUUUCAAAAUAUAAAUACAGGUAUGAUAUUGGUGGAAAAUCUUGAAUGAAGAUGUUUAUAUCUGUAUGAUGGAUGUUCUGGUCAGGAUUAAAAUACUGUAAAUUACCACAUUUUCGCGAAUUUCGCUAGUAACCUAGGUUCGCGAAAAGAGAAAUCGCGAAAAAAUCUUUUUGAUGGAAAACCCUUAAGAAAUUCGUAAUCCACAAAAAAUCCUGAAAUUUUUU